UAUAACUUACAUUAUGUAUGUAUAUACUUUGUCGUUGUCUUAUGUAUUAUGUAUAUCAAAAGUCCAUUUAUUCAAGUCAAGCUACAAAUAAGUCCCAUUCCUCAUAUAUCCUACAGCUAAGACUUCUUGUUUAAUUGGUUUCAAUUUCCUACGCUUCCAACUGGAUUUCGCUUGGCAUUACGUGUUCGCUUUAUGUUUAUGUGAUAGCGUUGAGUUGUUCGUUUUGAAAUUCAAGAGGUAGCUGAUAACAAAUUAUAAUACCCUGUAGCAACAUGUCUGUGUGUAUUUGUAAGUGUACUAAAGGCAGGGUGUGUGACUUAUAUAUCGAUCACAAUCGACAGCAGACCACAAAUCGGGAAUAAUUUACACAAUUGUUGCGUGUAUGGAAGAACAAAUGCUUGUUUCGCCAAAUGCAGCUAUCAGGGCAGCUGCUAGUCGGGCAUUGCCGACUGUAGCAUUCUCAUGUGUAGCAUUGCAUGCACAACAUUUACAGAACACAACGAAAACAAUUACGUGCUUUGCGAUUUAAGUUCCCUUAUCGGGAGGCAUCAAGCCAACAGAAGUUGACAUGGCGCACCAGGGCAGAUAUUUUCUGACCGGCCCAUUGGCGUGCCUGUUGCUCGGAUUCUUUGUCCAGCCGGAUGUGGAGGGCGCUAAUAUAUUGGGCGUGUUCACCAGCCAUAACCCAUCGCAUCUGAUAGUCCACAUGUCCAUUAUGAAGGCGCUGGCCGAGGAGGGUCACAAUGUGACAGUGGUGUCAACCUCACAGCCAAAGGUCACACACAAAAGCAUCAAACACAUUGUGAUACCCCGGAGCGCGGCCGAGGAGAAAGUAAUAAGCGAUGGAUUGACCACAUUGGCCAAGAAGAAGCCCUCGAUGGUUACGACGAUCCAAAAUUUUUUUGGUUCGCUCUCGAUUCUCAUCCAUAAGCAAGUCGACGUGCUGGAGGACAAACGCUUCACCGAUCUUUACAAGAACAAAGACAACAAAUUUGAUGCAGUUGUCUUCGGAUUAUUCUUCAACUUCUAUCAGGCGGGACUCGGUUCCAGAUUCAAGUGUCCGUUAAUUGUGAGCUGGGCGGGACCUCCGAUGGUGCGAAUCAAUGAUGCUGUUGGCAAUCCCGAACUGAUUGCCACGGUGCCCGGCAUGAAUGUGGCCGUUCUGCCUGGCCAGGCCAUGAACUUUAAGCAACGUCUGGCCAACUUUGGUAGCUCCAUGGUCUUCCGGCUCUUGAGCUUCUAUCUGGAGAUGUUAAAUGCGCAGUUCUACGAUCGCCUUUGGGGCAAGGAUCCGGCCAUGAUAAGCUAUGAGGAGGCCAAGAAGAACGUAUCUCUGGCGUUCUGCAAUAGUCAUGCCAUCAGCGAGGGACCUAUCAGACCCAACGUGCCUGCAGUUAUUGAGAUUGGUGGCAUACAGAUUAAGAAUAAGCCCGAUCCCUUGCCACAGGACAUAAAGGAGUUCUUGGACAAUGCGAAGCAUGGCGCAAUUCUCUUCAGCCUGGGCAGCAAUCUCAAGGGCGAUCACAUUCAACCAGAACUCAUUGGCAAAAUAUUCGAAGCGCUCUCCAGCCUUAAACAGAAUGUAAUCUGGAAGUGGGAUGACCUAAAGAACUUGCCCGGAAAAUCGUCUAAUAUUCUCUAUAAAAAGUGGCUGCCACAGGACGACAUACUCGCCCAUCCCAGCAUUAAGCUGUUUAUAACGCACGCUGGAAAAGGAGGCGUGGCCGAGUCUCAGUACCAUGGCAAGCCCAUGCUGGCGCUGCCUGUAUUUGCCGAUCAGCCUGGUAAUGCAGAUAAGCUGGUUCAGGCGGGCUACGGGCUACGCGUUGAUUUGUUAACCCUGGAGGUCGAUGAGUUUAAGGGUGCGAUCAAUGAGUUACUCAAUAAUCCCAGCUACACAAGAAAGGUUCAACAGUUUUCCAAACUCUAUCGCGAUCGUCCUAUGUCGGCACGCGAUUCGGUGAUCUACUGGGUUAACUAUGUGCUCCGUCAUCAUGGCGCCAGCCACAUGCAAAGUCCUCUUGUCCAUAUGAACUUUAUUGCGAGCCACAAUCUAGACGUCUAUCUAUUGCUUUCAGCGAUUCUUAUUGUUAUCGCCGUGAUAAGCACAGUUGUGCUCGAGUUCUUCUGGAGGAAAUGUUGUGGCGGCAAAGGCAAAUCGCAAAAGACUGCCCAAAACUCAAAGAUCAAGAAGCACUAAUAUUAUUUAUUGUAAAUAGGACAGUAAGAUUUGAUUUAUUUAAAUAAUUGUAGCUAAACUAGAAAAUACAAGUAAGUAAGAAUGCUGUGUCAAAAAGAAUUUUCAUAACAACUGCAUAUUAAAAAGUAAAAACAUGUUAGUCUUAACUAUUCUAAGAA